AUGGACGGUCUAACACAAGCCCCUGAUGACGGCUUGAUUCCUCAUGCAAUCUUCAUUAAUUAUGCAAAAGCUUUCGAUNCAACGGACAUCGUGGUACUCGCUGGAGACUUCAGUGCUCAAGUGGGAUCCCCGGACGAAUCAGAAAAGCUACUUGGUGGUUCAUAUGCAAUCCCAGCCAACCGGACCGACAACGGAGUACGCCUGCUCCGACUUUGUGCUGAACACGGACUGCUUCUGUGA